AUGUCGCGAACACUCCCAAAACAGUUUAAUCCACUUAUCACGAUCGAGGUUGCUCCCACCUAUGACGAGCUCCUUGCCCGCCGUCGUCUUGGGAAGACCAACCUCUCCGUCAAGCCUGCCCAGAUUGGCACCACAAACGCAACCAAGCCCGAGAACCUAGGCGUGUUUGAGUAUGCUCACCUCCGUGCUCCGCUGCCCAAGGAUCUGGAGGGCUCCGAGAUCUUCCCUUCCCACACCUCCCAGCAACACCCAGGAAGUUACUUUUUGAUGCGCCGUAGUAAAGAUGGCUUUGUUAGCGCGACUGGAAUGUUCAAAAUUGCUUUCCCAUGGGCCAAGGCCGAGGAAGAGAGGACAGAGCGCGAGUAUCUGAAGGCUCGCGAGUACACUAGUGAAGAGGAGGUUGCUGGCAACGUGUGGAUCUCGCCCACAUUUGCCCUUGAGCUCUCCAAGGAAUACCAAAUGUAUGAUUGGGUGCGAGCACUGUUGGACCCAACGGACAUAGUUCAAAGUCCUUCCAGUGCAAAGAAGCACGUCACUCCCCCGCCGAAAUUCGAAAUCCCCUUCGAUGAGCCGCCCGUGUCGCAGCGCAACCGCAGAGGUCGGUCCGCUUCUCCAAGCAAGAAGUUGUUGUCUCCUCGGAAGCCCCGCAGCACUCGCAUCACCAAAGAUGUCACUAGCACUCCGUCCACAACGGCUGCAAACGCUAGCCUUCAGUCGGCAUUAGAUACAGCUUCAGCCCUCCCGGACACGAUUCCUGAGUUGCGAGCUGUGGGCGGCGAAACGGAAGUGACGCCAAGCGGAUCUCCCGCAAAGCAUAUUAGAGCGCGCAAGGUAACGAGAUCUGCUACCGCGGAGCCCGAAGAGGAGACGAAGGAAGAGAAGAAGAAGGAAAAGAAGAAGGCCGAGAAGAAAGAGAAGAAGGUAGAGGAUAUCAAGGAGCAGGAGGAGACAGUUGAGGUAUUAGUGGCCGACGAUGCCACUGAUGCUAUCAAGUCCACUCACACUACUGUUUCCCUGGAUAUGCCUAUCAGUCUGCCUGAGGUGCCCUCUGCGGCGGAGACCGAAGAGAUGAUUGCCCAGGCCAAGGAGAUGGUGGAAGAGGCCAUCAAGGCGCAAGCCGAAGGCGCUACUGCCGAGUCGACAUCUGUUAAGACGACCAUCAAGCGCAAGGCCGAGGAGGACGAUGACGAAGAGACAUCGGCUGAAUCUUCCCAACGAGCCAAGAAAGCCAAGGUGCUCGAGAACAAGCUUAAGCAGGAGCGUGUCCGCAACCGCUCUAUCUUCGGUGUCUCCGUUGCCUUUGCCCUUGCGGCUUCCAUCCCAUACUUUUUCUAA